AUGUCGGAGAGGUCGCUCUCCGCCAUGGGAGGCGACGCCGACGACGACGACGCCGGAGACGGCCGUUUCCUCCGCGACAUCCAAACCCUAAGCAGAGCCCUCUCCCUCGUCCCCGGCCGCUCCUCCGGCGACGUCGCCUGCCCCAGGCCCAAGCCCUCGUCCUCGAAGAAGCCCUCGCCGUGGAGGAGGUCCCUCAAGGCGCUCUCCCACAUCGACCAACGCCGCCUCGAGUGCGUCUUCUCCCUCCGCGUCCACUCCGUCGACGGCCUCCCCGCGGCGCUCCACGGCGCCGCCCUCGCCGUCCGGUGGCGCCGCGCCUCCUCCGCCGCCGACGACGCCGGGGCGACGCGCCCCGUCCGCCUCGUGGGCGGCGCCGCCGAGUUCGAGGAAACCCUAACGCACCGGUGCUCCGUGUACUACACCCGGGGCGGCGGGCCCCGGCUCCGCGCGGUGCACUACGAGCCGCGCCCGUUCGCGAUCCGCGCCGCGGUGGUGGGAUCCCCGGAGGUGGACCUCGGGAGGCACCGGGUGGACCUGGCGCGGUUGCUGCCGCUCACCGCAGAGGAGAUGGCGGAGGAGGAGAAGGCGGCGGGGAGGUGGAGCACCAGCCUCCGCCUAUCCGGGGCGGCGAGGGGCGCAAUGCUCGAUGUCAGCCUAGGAUUCUCGAUCCUCAAGGACGGCGCUGCUGCCACCGCCAAUCCGAUUGCGGAGAAGAAGAUCUCCGAGGUCUUAUAUGAAAAGGCCGGGGGAUCGAAUUGGCCUGGUCAGAUGAAUGAUUCGAUUGGAAGCAAUGAUCAACGGCAUUCGACGGACAAUGUGAAGAAGGUGCUCCAUGAGAUCCCGCGCAGCUCAAAGUCCGGUGCGCCUCUCGAGCCGGAAGAUGAAAAUUCUUGUGGCGGCAGCAGUGAUCAUGAGGCACAAAGUCAGCUCGGCGAGGUGGCCAAGUUGAAGUCGAGACACUACACAUUGUCAGAGCUGCUCAAGGGAUGUUCGGAGGAGGACGGGUGCGACGAAACAAAGUAUACCGUGAUCGAGCAGGGAGUCGAGGUUAGUUCGACGGAUCGAAUUGGCGGAUCUAGCACGGCAGACCAAGUUGUCGAAGAGGAUCAAAUGGCGAAAGAGACGGAAUCCGCUUUUGUUGCCUUCUCAGUUCGAGGAUCAGAGGACACAUUAGAAUCUCCGAAAAUUGAAGAGAACUUGACUGAUCCGCAGAGCUAUGUUGGUCGCAGGUCUAAUCGUGAUUCUGCGAUCUUGCGCAUGUUAGGUAUAGAUGAAAGCUCAUCGGAAUUGAGCUCCGAUAGUGAUCCCGACUCACCAAGGGAGCAAUUGUGGAAGCAGUUCAAGAAGGAAGUUUUGGCCUCCAGCAACAGUAGCCUUCGUCGUGAUUUCGGCGAGGAAACAGUGAUCGGACAGCGAACAGGAAAGGACCUCAAUCAUAAAUGA